AUGGACGACCGUCGUCCCGCCAAGACCUCUUCCUCUGACGAGUCUCUCGAGUUCUUCAAAGUUUAUCUCCCUUCCUUCAGUUCUCACCAACUGCUUAUACCACCGGAUUUCGUGAAGCAACGUAAGGGAGCCGUGCCAAAAAAGGCUGUUCUCAUGGAUACUACAGGGAGAUCAUGGCCAAUUGGGAUAGCAGAAGUAGGAAAUAAAUUGUUCAUUAAGAGUGGUUGGUGGGACUUCGUGAUCAAUCAUCCUCUAGAUUUUGCGGAUUUUCUAAUUUUCAGAUACAAUAGGGACUCGGUGUUCCUUGUCAAAGUAUUCGGUCUAAUUUUCAGAUACAAUAGGGACUCGGUGUUCCUUGUCAAAGUAUUCGGUAAGAACGGGUGCAGGAAAGAAGCCACUUACAGAGUCAAUAGACAGUCAGCUGUUGUGAAGACGGAAGAGCUGGCAGAUGAAGUAAACGAGGCAGAACAGAAACCGAGGAGGCCUAUUCGGGCUUGUAAGAGGAAGUUUAUGGACCUAAAUAUUAAUAGAAUGGAAAAUCAUGUUUCUCACAGAGAUUCUCUGUUCAAACAGGAACAAGAGUUCGUCAGAGAAAACUUUAGCAAGUCCAGCUUGGAGACACAUAUUACGACGAAGAAUCCGCACUUUGUAUCGUGCAUCUUCAAAUGUUCGCUGAAAGUCAUGGUUUGUCUUUCACAUUAGACUUGUUCAAUUUUCAGUGCUCUGUAAUUUCAAUAUCA